AUGUCAACCAACGACCUGCAAGCUCUUUUUGCCAACCUCAAGCCGAAGUCUCGAGACCCCUCCUCCCUGCCUCAAACCCCCAAUAAUGCCAAUCUCUCGAGCACCAACGGCCAUCGACCUCAGCCUGCUGCAAUUCUACCAGCGCCUGCCAGCCAGCCUCCACCCAUUUCCACAGUGGCUAACGAGUAUCACCACAGCCAGGUGGCUAAUCGUAGUGGAUCUGGCUCCGCUGUCACAGCUCAGUCUCUCUUGAAUCUUCUCAAUUUCGGUCCUUCGCCCUCGUCUACUUCCAGCGCCAACACGAAAGCCACUGUCUCUACAAAACCUUCAGAGCGCAAGCCAGAAGCUGAAGGAACAUCCGCGAGCGGUCCUGCAGACCAAGGAACAUCUGUGUCAGCCUCAGAUCUGUUUGCAAAAUUCACGAGUCCUUCACCAUCCCCAGCGGGGGCGAAGUCAAAAUCUCCAUUAAAAGUUGAUGAUCACGGAGGAGGUGGCGAUCAGCAUUCUUCAGGCAGUGUCCGAGAUGCGUCGCAAGACGUUCUUCUCAAACUACUUAGUCGGUCGCAUUUGACCAAUACAUCAACCGGACGACCAGUAUCAGUUGAAAGAACAGAACGCCAAACCUCAGUCACAAUUCCCAAUCCGAAAUCAGCAAAGCUCGGGACAGCAUCCCCUAUUCAUGUUUUUGGCUCUAAUCCUGGUGCUAAAGCGACCACAUUUGAAACACCCAGAUCGGAAGAUAACCCUCCCACCCAGACCCAACCCAUCUUCACCUACACCAAUCCCUUCGAAGCCUUGCACGCAUCCCGAUCACAAACUCCAAAAGUGGGGACACCCGUACCGGCGAACAGUGCCGAUCUUGCUCGGCCAAGUGUAGAGACUGGGGACGACCAGCCCUCCGAUGCAGGAUCCACGCUCGCUACGCCUGAACACGUUGCUCGAAGAAAGAUCCUGACACCCAGACUGCCGUCCACAACCAAGGCAAAUACAAUUUCACGAGAGGUCUCCCUCUCUGCAUCAGAUAAAGAGAAGAAGUCUGGUGAAGGAGCUGAGUUCCGGGAUACAUUGGCCCCCAAUAUGGCCCAGCCCGGUCCGAGAGACCCAAGACAGACCUCGAAGAGUGAAGUGACCAAGCAGGCUCGCGUCGAAGAGCAGGCUCAGGGGAAUAUUGCUGCUGAAAAGCUUCCUGAUAACCAAGCUGAGGGUGUGGACGAGUGGGAAGACACAGAAGAAUCUCCGAACAAGGAAUUUGCGGCAAGAGUUGUCCCGGUGUACAACUUUCCAAUCAAACCCUUCGUCUCGAUUACCUUGCAACUUACCGCCGGUCCCGACAUCGACAUUAGAGAUGAUGGAGUCAUGGAAAUAUCAAGACUAAAAAAGGAUUUCGACCAGCUGGAUCGUUCGCUUGCAGCCGCGACCUCAAAGUACAUUACCUACGCACUGGUGAAAAAUGGCGGUCUGCGGAUCAUCAGACAAGACGACGGUAGCGAUCGCCAAGUGUUUAAGAACUCUCAUGAUCGCAUUUUCAACGUUGCCUUAUGUACAACUUCCGCCGCUGGCGCUCCCUCAGACGAUCAAGCUGUGCUCGGAACUGGUGUCAGUGGUGCAGUAUAUUAUGCAACCAUUUCGAAAAGUGGAAAUGAUCUGUUUGAAAAAAACGAACUUGAAUCCGAGAGUCUCAUUUUCCCUCCAUAUCCACCAUCCGAUGAGAAUGCGGCGGGUGGUGUGUUGAAAACCCGGGCCAAGAGGAGCUCCCGCCAUCCUGAGUUCUUUGCUAUCGGCCGAGGUAAAUCAAUUCACCUCAUUUGGCCCGCAACUGCAAUGUCCUCUAGAUAUGGUGUCACUGAUUCCAAUCGCCACGUCGACGUUGAAAAGUUCUUCCAAGAACGAGAACUUCAGAUAUCCACUGGAAAGGCAGGCAAAGAUUUCACUUUUAGUGAGGAUGACAGCUUGAUCGUGUCUCUGGACAAGACAGGCAGACUACGAUUCUGGGAUAUCCGUAAACUGACGGACGAGUCCAAUGCAACGGCAGCACGUGUUGCAGGGAUGGUAGUUGACGUACCUUUACUGUCGCUUUCUACAGCAUCGCCGGCCGAGAAGUCUUGGCCUACAUCUGUUUUGUUCGUUGACAAGGCGCGCCCAUAUAUCAAAGGAGGGCCAUUGCGGUAUGUCCUUGUUGGGUUGAGGCAGAACCACACGCUUCAGCUUUGGGACAUUGCUCUCGGGAAAGCUGUUCAGGAGUUGAACUUCCCGCAUGAGAAUGAGACGGAUGCUAUCUGCAGCGUCAAUUACCAUGCUAGCAGUGGCAUCAUCGUGGUCGGCCAUCCAACUCGAAACUCGCUGUUCUUUAUUCAUCUUUCUGCACCACGUUAUUCUCUGAGCUCGUCAUUGUCCCAGGCGGCCUAUGUCCAGCAAAUUGCCACCAAGGACCCCGAAAUUGCGAAACCGGACUCGACCGCCUGUAUGAGUGGGUUUCGUGAGAUCUCCUUUGCAGGGAAAGGAGAGUUGAGGAGUGUGGAACUCUUGCCCGUUCAUAGGACAACGGAGGCACAGAAGACCAUUGAUGUAACAACACCUUUAUUCGAGCUUUAUGUCGUCCAUUCGAAGGGUGUCACUUGCCUCAACAUAGCCAAAGAAGAUCUCGGCUGGAGUUCAGAAAGCAAGGUCAUUCACCCCGUCGAUGCGGCCAAAGAAGGACUGGUGAGCUUAAAAGAGCUAAGGCUUGGCAGCGUGAUCGAGGAAGGCAGUCGGAGCAGGAGCCCUAUUGAGGAGGUGCAGCAGCCAAACAAGUCGACAAAAAAGAAGUCGGGGAAGAAAGGCACUUCUGCCGGGGAUCGUGCAGACACUGAGCAGCCCGAGAAACCCGAUGUCCUCAAAUUCACAUCUUCACAGCUCCCCAGCAACGGUACCGAAGCUCUUACCGAUAUCGCAAAUGGCGAGACUCCAACGGUAAAGGAGAGUAAGAAGAGCAAGAAGAAAUCUGUACAACACACAGAAACUGCCGCGCCUGGUAAAGCAACCCAACGCACAACGUCACCUUUGAAAAAGGUAUCACAGCCGACCGAUCUUCCUGUUGAUACUAGCGUUUCCGCUCCUGUCGAACAUGUGGCGACCCCAGCACUCGCUACCGAGGGGGCUCCUGCUACGGAGGCAGCCGACAAGUCGGACGCAGUUACAGUCGGAAUUUCGGGUGACUGGUUGAACAAGGAGCUGAAGAAGGUCGAACGCGUCGUGUCAACAGAAUUCCGCAAGGAGUUCAAUGUUCUAUAUCAGAACAUUCAAAACGAUCGCAUGGUACAGGAUUCGUCCUCUGUGGCACGCCAGGAAGCUCUGCUUCGGCUGGUCUCCACCACUUUGACUAACAACGUGGAGACGGCUUUAUCUCGCAUACUCGCCGCUCAGAUGCAGCAAUCAAUGGUCCCCGCACUGACCAGUGCUACAGUUCAGGCCGUAAGUACUCAGGUCGGCGAUGCAGUGGCGAAGUCUCUUCACUCUCUGGUGCCACGCGAAUUAGGUGUGCAGUUGCCUUUGGCCAUCAAUUCCGCACUGCAAACUCCCCAAAUCAGUCGAACUAUCGCAGAGACAAUAUCUCAAAAGAUUUCCAAGCAGACCGAAACGCAGCUUGCGGAUAUCUUACAAAAGCAAGUGGUGCCCGCUUUCAAGACCCUCGCGAUAUCGACUGCUGAGAAGGCAGCGUCUGAGGUUGAAGCUCGACUCAGGAAUGAGAUCCGCCAGUUGGAGACCGACAGACGACACGAUAUGACUAGACUGGAGAAACUCGGCCAAGUCCUUCAGGCGACAGCAGAGACUUUGCAGCAAAUGUCUGAUACUCAAGUCGCUUUCCAAGGGCAGAUUCUCAAGGAUCGUCGACAACUGGCUCUCCUUGGUGAGGGCGGCACACCAGCAACAUCCCGACAAGUAUCGACCGCACGCACGACACCCUCUCCGCAGACCAUCGCCCGACCAACGCUUCAGCGACCGAAGACGAAGGAGGAACUGGAGCUGGAAGAGAUCACUCAGUUGAUGAACGAAGGCCGUUAUGAGGAGGGUUCAAUUAAAUGGCUGCAAUCAUCCCAACCGGUGGAGUUGUUCGACAAGCUCUUCAUUCAUUUCACUCCCGAAUACCUGGCUACCGACGUGUCUCCUCUGAUUGCCUUUUCGAUUGCCGUGACGGUCGGUAAUUCUCUCGCAACUAAUACUGCUCGACGGCUUGAAUGGAUCUCUGCUGCUUUCGAUGCGGUCGACCUCUCUGAUCCGGAAAUCGCGGAUCUCGCACAACAUGCACCGGCUUUAUUGAGCUCGCUAAUCCAGAAGCUCGAGAGCUUAUACAUGGCAAUUGCAGAGCAUGAUCCGAGCGACCCAGCCCUGCAGAUUAUGCCAAUCGUUUCUAAGAAGGCAAAGGAUAUGAGGGCGGCAUUGUUGGGCUCCGCGGGACGAGUCACUUUCUGA